AUGGCAUCAGCAAGCGCUCACGGCCCCAAUGCGCUUCUGGUGAGCGUAGUGCUUUUGGCAACACUAUGCGUAUGCACUGCGACGAGUCCCUACGCAGCCGGUCUGUCUGAGGACUUUUACCAUAAAAGCUGCCCUCAAGCAGCUUCCAUCGUCGAUGCCUACGUCACCAAGUUCCUCAAGAAGGACAGAAACUUUGCUGGUGCCUUCAACAGGUUACAGUUCCAUGAUUGCUGGGUUGGGGGCUGCGAUGGCUCUGUCCUCCUAAACUCGACCGAAACCAACCAAGCGGAGAGAGAAGCUCAUGUGAACUUCGGCCUCAGAGGCGUUGCAGAGAUCGAUGAAAUCAAGGCUGAUCUAGAACACGUGUGCCCAGGAGUUGUGUCCUGCGCAGAUAUUCUCAUCCUGGCUGCUCGUGACGCCACAGCCAAGGUUGGAGGCCCAACUUGGUCCGUCGCUUUGGGUCGCAGAGAUGGAGUGAACUCCACAGCCUUGACGGCUGACACAAAUCUACCAUUCCCUGUGCUCAACUUCAGUGGGCUCGUUGCUAACUUUGCUGCCAAGGGGUUCGGUGCCAGAGAAAUGAUCACACUCUCAGGUGCGCACACUAUUGGUCGUUCUCACUGCAACGGAAUACUCCCCCAUCUCUACAACUUCACCGGAAGGGAUGAUGCCAAUGACACCGACCCUGCCAUGAAUAAGAACUUCGCUGUCUUCCUCAAGAAGCUCUGCCCUGAGGGCAACAGGACUAACACAAUCUUCAUCGACUCCACAGCCAACACCUUUGACAGAGCCUACUACAAAAAUGUGCUGCAGGGCAAGGGAAUUUUCAUCACCGACUCCACCCUCAUUACCAACCCUGUAGGCAAGAAAGUCGUCACUACUUUCUCCAAACCUCGCUCAAGCUUCUUUACAGAAUUCGCCGCUGGCAUGGUGAAAAUGGGAAACCUUGGUGUGCUCACUGGCACCGAGGGUGAAAUCCGCAAGACAUGUCAGUUCGUAAAUUAAUAGGUCCUUCCAAACACUCGACACGCUUUAGAUUAAUUCAAUUAGAAACAGGUCGGGGACUUUUAGUCUCACAGCAUUCUUGACAGAUUGAUAGAAUAGAUAGA